ACCUGCCUUUAGGAAAUUUCAAACACGGAAGUUUUCUGGGACUCACACGACUCUACCCUGCGCUGCACCUAUGUUGUGUCUGGUAGAUAAGCACCAUUGUUCUGGUUUCUUUAAGAAAGCCGUGAACUGAAACGAAACUAACUCUGUCCGGGCAGUGAGCUUUGACAACUCUUUUGGACCUCAGGGAACGCGGGUCAAGCGGGAGUACUGUCAAAUGGCAUCCGCCGGACCGAUGAUUCCGAGCAGCCCGGCGGAGGGAGCGGCACUCCGGGAUAGCCUGUCUGUCCACGGCAGCACAGAGAAGCUGAAUCCCUCCGCUGUCAACCGCAUCCUUAUGGAGUUCCUAAUGUACUUUGGCAGGGCCUUUAUUGUCUUCUACCCGGUGUACCUGACCGGAUACAUGGGCCUCAGUAUUAGCUGGGUGCUGCUGUGCAUGGUGAUGGUCACCUGGUGGAAGAAAAAUCGCCAGUGGAAAGACUCCCGGAUCGGAACCGCCAUCGACUUUGUGGAUAAUGAAAAACAAGUUGUCAACAAGGAGCUUCAAAGCGCCUUACAAAUGGCAACAUGGGUCCACUUUCCUGAUGUGGAGAAAGUUAACUGGCUAAACAAGGUGUUGGAGCAGGCCUGGCCUUUCUUUGGGAUGUACAUGGAGAAACUGCUCAAAGAAAACAUCCAGCCGGCUGUCAGGCUCUCCAGCGCUGCACUUAAAGUGUUUACGUUCACAAAGAUCCACUUUGGACACAUACCUCUCAGGAUCACUGGAAUGAGAGCAUACACGCAUGAAGUGGAUCAUAGGGAGGUUGUCCUGGACAUGGACAUAUGUUAUGACGGGGACGUGGACAUUGAUGUCGAUGUGAACCCGCCAAUCACAGCUGGUGUCAAAGGAAUAAAACUCAAAGGAACGAUGAGGGUCAUUUUAGAGCCUCUGAUUGGACAAGCUCCACUGGUCGGAGGAGUCACCUUUUUCUUCAUCCGACGCCCUACUCUGGAGAUCAACUGGACCGGCAUGACCAACCUUCUGGACAGCCCUGCCUUCAGUUCAUUGUCUGAGGGGACCAUUAUGGACACCAUCUCCUCCAUGAUGGUGUUGCCCAACCGCAUGUGCAUUCCCCUCAUAGAACAGGUCAAAGUGGACCAGAUGAGGUUCCCACUUCCUCGUGGGGUGGUCCGAGUCCACUUGAUAGGGGCCAGAGACCUUGUGGCUAAAGACACUUUCAUGAUGGGUUUAGUGAAAGGCAAAUCAGACCCCUACGCGACUGUCCGAGUUGGAAACCUUCACUUCAAAACCAAGACAGUGAAAGAGAAUCUGCACCCGACGUGGAAUGAAGUGCAUGAGUUUGUCGUCCAUGAGGCUCCAGGCCAAGAGUUGGAGGUGGACCUGUUUGAUGAAGACACAGAUAAAGAUGACUUCAUUGGAAAGUAUCAUCUUGAUUUGGGAGAGGUAAAAAGGGAAAAAGAAAUGGAUCAGUGGUUUCCUCUGGAAGGGGUCCCGAAUGGAGAAGUUCACCUGAAGCUCCAGUGGUUUUCCCUACUGACUGAUCCCAACCUUGAGACAGAGUCUGCAGAUGGCUUUGCUUGUGCUAUGCUUGCAGUAUAUCUGGACAAUGCGUCAAACCUACCAAAAGACCACAAAGAGAUCGCAGGGCAUAAGAAACAUGGGAAGCACUCAAACGAAGCUCGGCUAACAAAGAGAAAUGCCGGGCCCGACUCUUAUGUGGAAUUUUCCGUUGAUAAGGAUGUACAAAAAAGCAAGGUUGUGUACGCUUCCAAAGACCCGGUGUGGGAGGAAGGCUUCACCUUCUUUGUGCAUAGCGUCAAAACACAGCAGCUCAGUCUUCAGAUAAAAGCGCAUGAGAAGAAGACUGAGCUUGGUGUACUUAACAUUCCCCUGAGUCGCCUCGUCAACACCUCCAACAUGACUCUGGACCAGCGUUUCCCGCUGGAGCGCUCUGGAGCAAACAGCCAGAUCAAACUGAAAGCCACUCUCAGGAUCCUUUCUUUGGAAAAACCUACCCCCAAGGUCAUCCUCAAUCCACCUCCACAUGUCAGACAACAAGGACCACAAACAAACCCAGGAGGUUAUGCCUCAGAAUCCACUGCCCCCUUCCCAGCGUCCUCCUCUCAAGCCUCACCUCCGUCCCAGCCGGCAGAUUUCCAGAACGGCUCAAAUAGGAACUAUUUAAAUCACCGCCGUGGCUCCUUCCUGGCUUCUGAAACCCAUAAGUCACCUUCCUCCACGACAAACAUGCGCCGCUACGACUCCCAUAGCCUGCUGUCGGAGAACUCCAUGGCUUCGUCUCGUCUGGAUCUUUCAGAUGGAGGGUCCUAUCCAGAGGCCAUCAGGAAACAUCAAGGUUCAUUUGGGGAAAUCAGUGUGAGUGUACGCUAUGCCACUCUAAGGAAAAAACUCAUCAUCCUGGUAAACUCCUGCAGGAACUUAUUCCCCUGCAGUGAGAAUGGCACAGAUUCUUAUGUCCGUCUGUAUUUGCUCCCUGACCAAACCUGGAGACAUCGCAAGAAGACACACGUGACGAAGAGGACAAUCAAUCCUAUCUUCAAUGACAAGUUUGAGUUUGAUGUGUCACUUGAAGAAGCAAAAACCAGGAAGCUGGACGUGUCCGUGAAAAAUAACAAGAUGUUAUUUUCACGCGAGAGAAAGGACAUUGGCAUGGUGUUGAUAGAUUUGGCACAGAUGAAUCUCGUCAACGGUGACACACAAUGGUAUGAGCUCACACUGCCCGGGCUGAAGAAAACCAGCUAGUGGAGAGAUCAGUAAAACGUCUGUUACAGCUUACAGAGCAGCUCGUCGACCUCUGCAGGGAGAAAUGCUGGCCUGAUAAAUGCUUGGAGUUGCAUUUUCAUUUUUUAUUUCUUAUCAUGGCCAACCAGAUGAUGGGAUUUCCAAAAGAAACUUUGCAGUAAUAUUCUUAAUAACAGCCCUGCUUAAAGUCUGAGAGUGUGUUAAAGUGUAUCUUGUCCCACAAAUAUUAUUAGAUUAUCUUAAACAGACAAACAGCUUCAAAUUUUUAAACCUUUUAUUUUCCAGUUAAUUGUAGCUUGUUCAAGUUGAAAAGCAGAGGCCAACUUUUAUUGACUUACAGUUCGCCACAUCUUUCUUUUUUGCUUUAGGGAAUAUCAUUUGUCAGAAAGUGAUUGCGGUAUAUUUUGCUCUAAAGAGAAACAAGUUUGAUGCACUUAUAUUGGAUUUUAUUUUUUUUGUGAGAGGCGUGUUUUAUUGGAGUUUAUGUGAGUGAUAGUAAUCGUUUUGUAUUCUUAUGUAAAUAGCUGUAGGAAUAGUUUUUAUUUAAUAUAAGAAGGCAAAGACUCAUGGCAAGAAGAGGCCAACUGUUUUACAUUGGAAGCUGAGCAGCUCGACUCCAGCAGAGAAUUCAAUACAGGUGAAUAUGCAGGAAAAGCAAUGCAUACAGAAUAAGAUUUAGCUCUUUACUUUGGGGCGCAUUGAUCAUAGUAAACAGAGUGCAGGUUACAUGUUUUGAAGCAAACCUUCUCAGAUGUAUCAGCUGUUUAUUCAUAUUAAAAAUACUCACACUCCUGUGACUUUUGUGGCUUUUUAACAACUUGAGAUACAAUCAUUUCUUUAUUUUUUAUUUUAAGUUUAACACAGCUAAAACAUGGUUUCCUUGAUAGUAUCUUUAAAAAAAGGUUUUAAUUUUCAUCCAUCACUGUAGUCAUUUUUUGUAGGUCUCUAGAUUACCAGAGACGUAGAUUACCAAGUGAUGCUAAAAAUGUUAUUGGAUGCUUAAUGUUUAAAGUCGAGUAAAGCAUUUGACAAUGACAAGUAGACCGUAGUCGUCAUGACAAUUGUAAAUUAAAUUGAUAUAAUUUUCUCCUAAAUGAGACCAGUCACAGCACAGAGAUAAAUCACUUUUGCUACUGUUGUUUAAAUAAAUAAUCGACUUUAAACACAAAGAAUCCUCAAGGAAAGAUCAUUCAUUUUAGAAGACAUUCAUCCGUCUCCCCUGCUACGAGGAACAACAACACCAGUGCUAUGCUGUGCUUGUUUUACAAAAGCUUCAUUGAAAGUGAACUGACUUUUGUAUGUUGGGAGGGAGCGUUGUCUGUAAAAACUAAGAACAAACUUCUCCUUUAGUCUGAGUAAUGCACUCAACUUCAGAGCCAAGGUACAGAAUGUCGUGAAUGUGGAUUAAAAAAGGCAUCACAUCUUUUGAACGACAGAGCAUUUGGCUGCUUAACAAUCUCUGAUAUUACAGUAUGAAGCUGCAAUCUGCAUUUUAUUGACUUUACCUUUUGACACUCCUUACAUGUAAUCAUGCAAUGCUUCUACGACUCAUAUCUCAUGAUUUUGUUUCAUGGUAUUAUGUGCUGUCCUAAAUGUUUUCUGAUGUCUUUUGUCUUUUAUUUUUUUAUGAGCUUGGUUCAAGGUAAAUUCUUCCUGGUGAAGGUUUCAUUCAUUCAUUUGGUCUAAACUAAUGUUUAUCUGCUGUCCAUUUAAAAUUAUAAAGUGGAGAGUUACUGAAAAGAUUCCAAUUCACUGAUUUAAAUGGACACUUUAAAAGAUUAUGGGCUUGGUUUUCAACAUUUUAAUGGCAGAAAACCAAUGUGUUAGACCCUGCAGGCCCUGUUUCUGUCAUGAUUUGGUUUUGUAUUUUGUAUAUUUUCAGAUUUUCUCAUUCUUCCCUGGUGUUUGUUUCCCUUGUGUGUUUCCUAGUUUAGUUUAGUUUUUUCCUGUUUUUAUUUUGUAAUUUAAUAUCCUUGUGUUCGCUAUGUUCUAAAGCGUAUUAUUGUUACUUUAUUGAGUUCUGUGUGUCAUUAGUGUUUCUGGAUAUAUUUUGUAGUUCUUGUCUUGUAUUUUCUCCCGCCUCUGUGUGUUUCCCUCCAGUCCUGAUUGUCCUCAUUGUCUUCACCUGUGUCUUGUUAGUCUCACCUGUGUUUGAUUACUCCAUGUCUAUUUAGUCUCUGGGUGCUUCUGAAUUGGAAAGUGCCUACACAAUGUGACAGUAGACAGGCCCGUCUAUCAAUGCUGUAUACUGUUAGUAACUACUGUUCAGUAGGUGAGCACAGUAGGCAGAUAUUUGUUCCUACUUCGUCUGAUUCAUUCAGUGUGGAAGUGGCUUCAUUAGCUCGCUCCAACUGACACUCCAACUCAUAUAAAAAUAAGUAAAUAAUACAAAACUUAAUAUAGCAUGUAAAAAAAAUGUCGCAACCUAAGGUGCAACAUCCUCGUUUAUUUAUUUUUUCCAUCCUUGUUUGUUUUGAUUUGGAGGCGCAGGUUUUUUUUGUUGUUGCAGAGGAUAUUCUCAACACUUUGUUUCAUUGCAUUGGAUCCAAAGUUGGAUUUAAGGAUGUUAUAAACGACCUGUGUCUUUAAUUGUGUGUUAUAUGCUAUAUGAAAAGUUCUCAAGUCUCAGUUUGGUUUGAAAUGGUUUAUGAAACAUUAUCCUGGAGAAAUGUCAACUUUCAUUAAGUCAAAGAUCAUUUGUAUAACACCCUGGUAAUUAAAGUGCAGGGAGUUCUCAUUAUGUGGAGGACAUUUUUACAAUAGUUCAAAUGAAUUGUCAUUAUUAAAAAUGUUGUAUUGAAGGACCAGUGCUGAAAGACAAAAUAAAUGACUACUCUGGUGUGACGAGCCCUCCA